ACAUCUGCAGUUCUGGAAACCAUGCCAUGUAUUUCAGAAUAAAAUGCUUACGACUGUCCUCUUAAUCCAAGGUAGGCAUGUCAUCCAAAUGGAAAAAAAAAACGAGAAUAUUUAAGAUAUAUAUUUCAAAUUGCAACACAGAAGAAGCCCAGAAGAGGCUCACUCAGACCCAUGACAGGUUUAACUCCUUUAGAGUCAGCAACCUCAUUGGAAAACUCUGGCUUAAACAUUGUGUGAGAAGAAGCACACGCCCUGCAUUCCUGCCGGCACACCCACAGAUCACUUCAGGACGAGAGGCAGAAUGUUCAAGUCAAAGAAGGACAUCAAACUGCCUGGGAGAUAAGUUCAGAGUUGAAGAUGGACGUUCAGAAGAGAAUAGAAGCUAUGGAUCCUGCAUCUAUCAAACGCCUAAAAUUGGUGGAGUUUGAAGGAGUUCCUCUACCUGAGACCACAGUGGAGCAAUGGGAAGCUAUAUGGGGCUUGAAGGCUCGGCCCGAUGACCUUCUCAUUUGCACAUAUCCCAAAGCAGGGACAACAUGGAUGCAAGAAAUAGUAGACAUGAUUCACCAGGGAGGAGAUCCUCAGAAAUGUGCUCGGGCUCCCAUCUAUGAACGAAUGCCAUUCAUAGAGAUGUGCCCCCCCAAACCCAUCCGUGCAGGUUUUGAAGAAGUAGAGGCUAUGCCCUCCCCACGCACACUCAAAACUCAUCUGCCAAUUCAUCUCCUACCUCCUUCCUUCUGGGAGCAGAACUGCAAGAUCAUUUAUGUGGCCAGAAACAUCAAGGACAAUGCAGUUUCCUAUUUCCACUUUCAUCAGAUUAGCAAACUGAUGCCAGAGCCUGGAAAUUGGGAUGAGUUUCUGGAGAAAUUUGUUGCUGGAAAGACUGCCUGGGGCUCCUGGUUUGACCAUGUUCAAGGUUGGUGGAAAGCUAAAAAUUGUCACCCAAUUCUAUAUAUCUUCUAUGAAGACUUAAAGAAGGAUCCAGCCGGAGAAAUCCAGAAGGUUGCCCAAUUCCUGGGAUCAGAGCUCUCAGGAGCAGUUGUGGGUGAGAUUGUGCAACAUACAAAGUUUGAGAGCAUGAAGGCAAACCCAAUGGCAAAUUACAGCACCAUACCUAAUUUCCUUUUAGACCAAGACAUCUCUCAAUUCAUGAGAAAAGGCACUGUUGGUGACUGGAAAGAACAGUUCACUGUGGCUCAAAGUGAACAACUAGAUGAUCUCUGUGUCCACUUACUAGCAGACAGUGGCCUGACAUUCCACACCCAAUUGUAAACCUGUGUCUCUCACCACUUGACAUGCUUGCUUUUCCCUGUAUUUAAUAAAAUAGAUGGCUGAAAGCAAGAGCAAACCAAA